GAAAGGAAAAAGACGGACAGCCGCUGCCCACUGCCCAUUCCAGACUGCCACCAUGGAGUCAACGAGGCCCCAACUGCGGAGAAGAGAAGGGGUGGGAGAGACGCAGGAGAAGGGAGUCUGUGGAGAAGGAGACGGUAAGAUGCACAGAGCCCCAGACUUGGUGCAAUGGACCCGACAUAUGGAGGCUGUGAAGACCCAGUUCCUGGAGCAGGCACAGGUACAGCUGGCAGAGCUGCUGGAUCAAGCCAUGUGGGAGGCUAUGCAAGCCUACCCGCAGGAAGACAGACCUCUGCCCUCCACUGCCCCAGAUACUACAAGCAUGACCCGGGAGUUACCCCAUGUGAGACGGAAGGUUUUUAUCACCCGAAAGUCACUGCUCGAUGAGCUGAUGGAGGUGCAGCAUUUCCGAACCAUCUACCACAUGUUCAUCGCGGGUUUGUGUGUCUUGAUCAUCAGUACCCUGGCCAUCGACUUCAUUGAUGAGGGAAGGGACAGGCUUGUCAGGUUCCUGAUGAAAAGCUACUCCUUCCUGAGAGAGACUGUCCCUGGGAUCCUUUGCGUCAGAGGUAAGGGUAUUGGUGCCCCUAGUUUCUCCAGCUACCUCUACUUCCUGUUCUGCCCUACACUUAUCUACAGAGAGACAUACCCCAGGACACCCAGCAUCAGGUGGAACUAUGUGGCCAAGAACUUUGCUCAGGCCCUGGGCUGCGUGCUCUAUGCCUGCUUUAUCCUGUGCCGCCUCUGUGUCCCUGUCUUUGCCAACAUGAGCCGGGAACCCUUCAGCACCCGUGCUCUGCUGCUCUCGGUCCUGCACGCCACGGGCCCAGGCAUCUUCAUGCUGCUCCUCAUCUUCUUCGCCUUCCUGCACUGCUGGCUCAAUGCCUUCGCCGAGAUGCUGCGAUUUGGAGACAGGAUGUUCUACCGGGACUGGUGGAACUCUACUUCCUUCUCCAACUACUACCGUACCUGGAACGUGGUGGUCCAUGACUGGCUGUACAGCUAUGUGUAUCAAGACGGGCUGUGGCUUCUGGGCAGGCGGUCCCGUAGGGCAGCCAUGCUGGGAGUGUUCCUGAUGUCUGCGAUUGUGCACGAGUACAUCUUCUGCUUUGUCCUGGGAUUCUUCUACCCUGUCAUGCUGAUGCUCUUCCUUGUGUUUGGGGGGCUUCUGAACUUCACCAUGAACGACAGGCACACGGGUCCAGCCUGGAACGUCCUGAUGUGGACCUUGCUCUUUCUGGGCCAGGGCAUCCAGGUCAGCCUGUACUGCCAGGAGUGGUAUGCUCGGCGACACUGUCCCUUGCCCCAGACAACAUUCUGGGGGCUGGUAACACCUCGAUCUUGGUCCUGCCAUCCCUAGAAGUCAAUGCACCACACUUAGAUGAUGACAUCAGCUCUUCUCUACCUGUCAAGCCCAGGGCCAGGGCUCCUCACCGCACUCCCCUACCUCAUUUGGACUCAGGGACUUGCACACAAGACCUGCCAGGGGACCAUGGAGGCUCUAGGUACACACCUCUCCGGGCAGCUGACCACAGACGCGGUGUGGGAUGACACGAGCACCCUCUGUGGACUGGGCACAGGCCAGCUUCUUGCCCAGGGCUCUCCAGAUGUGAAGAGACCAGAGGGACAAAGGCCACCAAAGUCUGAGAGUGUCUGGUUCUUUCUACUCCCCAUGCAACAAUAAAAUCUCUUCUUUUUUCA